AUGGGACGACAAGCUUAUUUGAACCGGCUCGCUUUGGGCCGGUCGCCAUAUGAGGUUCCAGACAAUGAAACAGUGGACCCUUCAGCCCCCGUCAGACGGGUCUCCGAAGUUCAUGCAGACAAUUACAUGCAGGAGUAUGAUGCGCGAGGCCAUCCUGUCAAUACCGAAUCUAGAACGAUGGGGAAAGCUCUUCGAAGAGCCAAAAAUGACAUUCUCUCAACAAUGGGAAUUGUCGUUAGCAGAGAAGACCGAAAUGCUGGUACCCCCAAUGAACAGCAAAAGCUCAACCAGAUCGCCAGUGAAAAUGACUUUGGCUUGGUGAUAACCACUCUUGAUCAGCUUUUCAUUUUCUUUGGCACUUGGUGGACUUCAUCACUCACUGGUCGUGUUCAGACCUACAAGUACUAUGCGCAUUCUGCAUUGAUGAGUGUUAUUCAAUCGGAACGAGACUCAUCAGGGAUUCUCAACUUCUAUUUCGCAGGGAUUCCAGCAUGGGCGAUGUCAAGUGGAUUGGCUAUAGCUCGCGAAGGUCCACUGAAACGUAUCUUUGUCUCUCUUCGAGACUAUGCCCAGCAUCUGACCGGCGAGUCACGGGCGGUGCGAUCUCUUUUUGGGCUAAUCUACACAUUAGCGAGACACUCGGUGCUCAUGCUUUCUGUGGAGUUUUAUAUGUACUCCACACUCCAGUCUCUCUCCCUCGUGUCCCCAUAUUCCAUUCCUGGACUCAAGCUCCUACUUCCAUUCGGCACGCAAUCUCUGCUGCAGCUGCCUACAUUGCCUGCCGAUCUCUCUAUCCAAUCCUUGGGCAUAUCAGCCGUCGGAUUUUUGACGUCUCCCAGUGUUUUGGUCUUUCUAUAUGGAUAUUACUUGCGACCACAGCUCGAAGAGCGUAUAUAUCGGCUGAUACGUAGACGUCUCCCGAAGCCAAGUCUCCCAGAUGAACUUUCUGUCAGAGUGGCCUACGAAGAAAACCUGAUCGAAUGGGUGGUUCCGAGUCUGGGGCGUAGGUCUGACGAGGAAUUGCACCGCUCUAAGCUCACACUUUUCGAAGAUAUCAAGUGUGAACUAGGGGUGUUCCGACGUUGGGUGUCUUCAUUGUUUGGGCUGAUAUCAAGCAAGUCAUCCGAUCAGCAAGACCAGCAGUUCUUUAGGGACGAAAGGAUUGAGUCUCUGCGGAACUCUUUUGAAAUGCUGCGACAUGAUUCGCACGCAGACGGGCCAAGUGACGCCCAAGCUGCAGCACUCGCACCAUCAACCCAACAGCCAACUGGAUCCCAAUCGCAGGACCAGGAAACCCCUGAUAUUCUAUUGAAUCAAGUGCUCACGAACGAAAACCGCAUGUCUCAAUCACCGGGGGAAAUAAGCAAUGAUUAUUUCUCUGAAACGGCAACAGCUGGGCGAGCGAACGGUCUAUCAACCACGUCAAACCCGCAUAACCAGACAAGUGAAUCGCAAAGUGAUGAGGUUUCUGUUAGACACCGACAGAACUCACGAUCCAGCACUCUCUUCUCUCGCCCGUCUUCUCCGGAAACAUCUCCUCCUACUUCACCUCGCGUUCGGGCAUCACUCAUUCACCAGAACUCCGACCUUGUCACAAUGCAGCUUGAGCUUCUGGGGAAUCGCAGCCGCAACCCUCAAAUUGAAACCUCUGAUCAUACCCAGGCAGCUGGAAAUGCGUUGACAAGUGAUGCUCCCUCCCAACCCCAGCAAGCCAGGGUUCCUAUGGACGAUGAGACCAUGGCUCAGGUUGUCCAGGCUAUGAGCCAGGCUUUGAGCGUGGCCGCCGCCCAACAAGAUUCGCAGAGACGCAGGGCAGCUCAUAGUGAGAUAAUGAGGUUAGCUCUUGGUCAAGCGCUAAACUCACCUCAAACGGUAAACACAGACGGAGCUCCCAAUGCCACUGCUAGGGCACCCAAUACGGCUGCUACCGAACUCACUGAACCUGAAACCACUUCCCAAAAUACGGUUCAAGGGACCCAACCAAUCUUUGCCUCGCCGCAUUUUGCAACCAUGGCAGAAGCCAUGGAGGCGAUCAUUCCAAAUAUCCUGCCAGACGGCGUUGAAGAGCCAAAUGACGAAGAGCCACCCAACGAUUCAGAUCCCGUCGCAAAUACAGAAAAUGAUGAUACUCGUUCUGAGAUGCCUGUUGACCCAACCUUGCCCUCCUCUCUCAUGCCUGGGCAAUCAACGAGUACCUCCGCAGACGCCCACCGCGUUACUCUUCUUUCGGCCUACCCAGUGGACUCACUUGCAUCCCACCUCGCUGCUGCAAUCAGUGGUAUCAUACUGGCACCCAUUGAAUCUCUUUACCUUCGAUCAUUGACCCAGUCUUGGUUGAUCGCAAAUCCUUCCUCCACUCCUCUCUCGGGUGCGGGUGUUCAUCCUCUGGGCCUUUGGUUCGGAGGUAGAACCUGGUCAGACAUAGGUGCCUAUACUUGCCGGCUGGUGCUUAUGAGAGGUAUGCAAGUUGCGAUGAGAGCGGGGAUUUGGGGUUUCCUGGUUGGAUCAACAAUGAGAAUUGGUAGGAAUUUCUGCGGUUGGGGGAAACUGUGA